GCAAAGGACAUACUUGGCCACUCAAACCUCAAGACGACAAUGCUUCCAGUCAAGUACCUCGUUGCGUUCAUCGCUGUUUGGGCCUCACACACAUGUAUAGUGAGUGCCGGAGGCUACAGUCUCCCGGAUUACUCUGUUCCGGCAGUAACUGAGGGCACGGUCUAUGAAGAGACACCGUGCCCCGGCACAACCGAGCCCCCGACGGCAACUAUCCCUGUCCAAGAGGCGUCGCAAGUCUACGUGCCUACCCCGACGGAGGCUGCUACCGCGACACCGUGUCCGGAAACGACGGCACCCCCUACCGAGACGGUGACGGAAUCUCCUUACGUGCUCACUCCAUCGCAAGAACAGGAGACAGAGCAGUACGUACCUACUCCGACGGAGGCAGCGACCGAUACUCCGUGCCCUGUACUGCCGACCCCUGGGCCAGAGCCGGAAUCUACUCCGUACGAUACGCCAGAAACGGAGACUAGUCCUCCUGUGACUGAUACCCCGUGCCCAGUUCUCACUUUGGUGCCGGAGACGUCUCCUCCAGUUGAAACUCCGUACCAGGAAUCUACCACGUACACUCCGACGGUGACUGAGACAGCUGUGGAUAUUCCUCUCACGUUCGUGCCAGACACGCCAGCCCCUGAGGUGUACACGCCAGCACCAGCUCAGACGACUCCAUGCCCCUCCUUCACGUUGCCAUAUGAUACGGAUGCCCCAGAGGAAUCGACCGAGUACACUCCGGCACCGUCCACUCCCUGCCCGGUACUCUCCUUAGUGCCGGAGACAUCGCCACCCGUUGAAACUCCGUACCAAGAGUACACCCCGCCGGUGGUUCAGACUCCUGAGAGUAUUCCUUUCACUAUCGUGCCGGACACCCCCUCUCCUGAGGUAUACACUCCAGCUCCCGAGGUAUACACUCCCGCUCCGACGACCCCGUGCCCGGUCUUCACCCUUGUGCCGGAGACGGAUGCUCCGGAGACGGAGGAGCAAGAAGAGACGCCCUACACUCCACCUGCCACUGAGACUCCUUACCCGACUGAGUCGGAAGAGGCCUAUGUGCCGACUGAAACUCCGUAUGCUCAGACCCCAGAAUCCUCAGCGCCGUGCGCCACGACACCUACACAGACUGAGGCAGCCACUCAGGUCCCAAUCACAAUUGAGCCGUUGCCGGUCACGGAAAUCCCGUUGCCACCUGCCACCGAUGCUCCUACGGAGACGCCCUACCCUACCACGCCCACUCCAGAUAAUUACACUCCUACCCAGACUGAGGAAUCGGCUGAGACGGAAACCCCAUACACGACGACUGUUGUGCCGGAGACCGAGACAACCCCGGACCAGUCGGAGGAGACUGCUACCCAGGACGACAACGAGGGCACCAUCACAACGACUGACGAUAUGGGCGACACAUUCUCGGACUCGAUUCCUACCCAGAACCGAAAUCUGCGAUCGAACUGAACGAAGUGAUCUCGAGUUCGGUUUAGCUAUGUUUUCUGCUUCCUAAGGAUAUGAAAAGCUCCUGGCGUCUAGUUCGAUUUACAUGUAUCGUUUUGCAUUGGACUGCAGUAGUACAGAGUAAGCACUUAAAUGCAAAAGAUACACACAUGACAUUAGA